UCCUUCACUGCAGUUUACGAUCCGGCAGGAGUGUGGUUUGUGUGAAAGAAAUAAUGUUUUCGUCAACAGCCAACAAACUGACGCCUCUUGUGAGGGUUGGCAGUAUACCACAGCUUAGCAGAUGCCUUGCAGCUUUAAAUAUGGCAAACCACAGGGCAUACUCAAAUGGAGCUGGUGAGAAUGAUCUGGUUGUUAUUGGAUCUGGGCCAGGUGGAUAUGUGGCAGCCAUAAAGGCAGCUCAGCUUGGAUUAAAGACAGUAUGUGUGGAAAAGAAUGAUACCCUGGGAGGGACAUGCCUCAAUGUGGGCUGUAUACCCUCCAAAGCACUCCUUAACAAUUCACAUUUUUACCACAUGGCUCAUUCGGAGGACCUGUCCAAAAGAGGGAUUGAGAUCAGUGGUUUGAAGUUAAAUCUUGACAAAAUGAUGGAGCAGAAGCGAACUGCUGUAAAAGGACUCACAGGAGGGAUAGCGCACUUGUUCAAACAAAACAAGGUUACCCAUGUACAGGGUUUUGGCACAAUCACUGGUCCAAAUGAAGUGACAGUAAAGAAAAAUGAUGGGAGCCAGGAGAAAAUUAGCACCAAAAAUAUCUUAAUAGCUACAGGGUCAGAGGUCACACCUUUCCCAGGAUUAGAGUUUGAUGAGAAGACAAUAAUUUCAUCCACGGGUGCCCUUUCCCUAGAGAAAGUACCAGAAAAAAUGGUGUUAAUAGGUGCUGGAGUAAUUGGAGUAGAAUUAGGUUCUGUGUGGCAGCGUCUUGGUGCUCAGGUGACCUGUGUAGAGUUCCUUGGUCAUGCUGGUGGACUGGGUAUCGAUAUGGAGAUUGCCAAGAAUUUCCAGCGUAUCCUUGCAAAACAAGGCUUGAAAUUUAAGAUGAAUACUAAGGUUACUGGAGCCCAAAAGGUUGGGGACAACCUCAUAAAAGUUGAUAUUGAAGGAGUCAAAGACAGCAAGAAAGAAGAGCUUGACUGUGAUGUGUUACUGGUAUGUAUUGGACGCCGCCCUUACACCUCAAAUCUGGGGCUUGACAAUUUGGGAAUCUCAACUGAUAACAAAGGCAGGAUACCAGUGAACUCUAGAUUCCAAACUUCAGUGCCCAGUGUUUAUGCCAUUGGUGAUUGUAUAGAGGGACCAAUGCUUGCACACAAGGCAGAAGAUGAAGGUAUAAUCUGUGUGGAGGGUAUAUGUGGUGGGGCUGUCCAUAUAGACUACAAUUGUGUACCAUCUGUGAUCUACACACAUCCAGAGGUGGCUUGGGUUGGCAAGAAUGAGGAGCAGCUGAAAGAAGAGGGUGUUCCAUACAAUAUUGGCAAGUUCCCAUUAGCAGCAAAUAGCAGGGCAAAGACUAACAAUGAUACAGAUGGUUUGGUGAAAGUCCUUAGUCACAAAGAAACAGACAGAUUAUUGGGAGCGCACAUCAUUGGCUCCGUGGCAGGAGAGUUGAUUAACGAAGCAGCAUUAGCAAUGGAGUAUGGGGCCUCAGCUGAAGACAUCGCCCGUGUGUGCCAUGCACAUCCAACUGUUGCAGAAGCAUUCAGGGAAGCCAACUUAGCUGCAUAUUCAGGAAAACCCAUCAACUUUUAGACCAUGUAAACAGUCAGAUUUCUAGGGAACUAUUUAUUCGAUUUCUGUACAGUGUACUCUAUGGACAGUCUGUUGGAAAAGUAUCCAACGGUUCCAAGAUGUGUGGAAUACGGGGGAUCAUGUCAUUGGGACUCCUGUGGCAAACACAAAAGCAUCAAGCAAGACAGCUUCAGGAGAGGGUAUUGAGAUGUUAAUUGAUGGACUAAGCUAAGCAUCUCUUAUGUAAUGAAGAAAAAGGAUAUAUCUCUUCAAUUGACUUUCAGAGAGAGGCAGGAAAUGAUAUGUAUGUGGAAAAUUGAGACUUAUGAAUUCUGUACAGCAGUGUUGAGUAGUCAAAUCUGUUCAUGAAAUAGACUCUCCAGUUCAGUAUUUUGUAAAACUUAAUUCUUUGUCAGUGUCAAUGGCAUGUAUGUGGCAAGUGACCUUAGAGUGGUAGUAAAGAACCAACUUCCAUGGAAUUUCAUAAAGAAAUUUACGCAAAUGAAAUCACCUCAUAUCUUUAAUAUUACAUGGUAUAUGAUCAGUUGCACACCACCUAAAAUCUGCGUGUGAACAUUUUAUGGUCGAAAGUCAUUUUUAAUAUGCAAUUGUUAUCAAGAACAUGUAACAUUUGCAUACCAUGAGAAUUGCAUUGUUUUUUUUUUUUAGAAAAUUGCUGUGAAUGUCAGGUUCACAGGACAUUCUGUAGUUGCUUCAUCAACAAAAUGUUGUUGGUCCAAAUUAAUUCAGUUCACGAUAAAUUACAUUUAUGUGUAUAUAGGCUAACUGCAUUAAAAACUUUUUUGACACCUCCUUUCUGGUGAUCAAAUCCAGGUGUUUUUAAAGGAGCUCUUUUAUUUUAUAAUCAUUGCCAUACUGCUAAGCUGUGCCGUUGGAGAUCCCUUUUUUUUCUUUUUUUUUUUUUCUACAUUCGCUGAGUUGAAGCAUGACUCGGUGGAAAUACAUGCACCUGUGUCAGAAACGGAAUUCUUUGUACAUAUCAUGCCGAUAGAUGUGUGCUGUUGAAAAUUUUAUGUAAUAAACUUUCUUGCGA